GCGCUGCAAGUUUUGCCUGGUCUCCGUUUUCAUUCCAAGGAUGAGGCUUGUGAGGUUCUUGAUGAAGCUGAGCAACGAGAGCGUGGUGGUCGAGCUCAAGAACAGCACUGUUGUGCAGGGGACAAUUACCGGUGUCGACAUGUCCAUGAACGUGCACAUGAAGAAUAUCAAGUUCACGGUGAAGGGGAAGCCGCCCGUGUCGAUGGACCACCUGACGAUCAGGGGCAACAACGUGCGGUACGUCAUCCUGCCGGACAGCAUUCCCCUCGACACCCUGCUCGUGGAUGAUGCCAAGCGCUUGCCGAAGGUCAAGUCUUUGGCUGGCCGGGGCCGUGGUAGGGGACGCGGCCGCGGCAUCAAGAAGAAGUGA